CGACAUCCCAAAUACUCGACGUAAAAUCUGUUCCUCAUUAUGUUUCAUUGGACCUCCUACACAGCACCUGUUGUCAGCGGUGGAAUGGUAAUAAUCGGAUGUUGUUCAGAAGUCCAGCGAGACAUGUCUGUCCAGCUCCUGAGUGUCGCUCCUCUCUCUCCCAGACUCUCCCUCGUCUGAGAACUGUGGACCCUCACGCACGGACGUACGCUGGGCUGUACAGUAGAGCACCUUGGGUCACCAAGCUGCAGCUGCACCUACCUUCUCAGGGGUUCUAUAUCUGUGGAACAAUGUUCUACUGAAGUCAGGGGUUCUAUAUUUGUGGAACAACAUUCUACUCAACUCAAAAGUCUGUUCUCCCGCAGCAACAUUUUCUAUCUUUGGAACAACAUUCUACUGAACUCAGGGUUCUCUAUCUGUGGAACAACCUUCUAAGUACUAAACUGAAGUCAUGGGCUUCAUUUGAAACAUAUUGAUCCAUCUUUUGACUACAGUUGGACUACGAUUGAAACACACCGUGGAUCACAACUGGAAGUCACUGACCCAAGCGUUGAAGCACAGUGAGGUCUCGUGGUGAGAGAGGAUGUCGUCUCAGUUCUCCAGCAGCAAGGAGCAGCCAGGAGGCAGGAGGGUUCUCCUGGAUCCCCCGUCCACCGCGGCCCCCGCCCCCGCCAGCAGGACCCUCAGACAUGACAGAGUGUCUCGGUUGAACUCCUCCGGACCUGCUGACGGGUUGAAAGACAGAUCUUCCGACUCGUACGCUGAACGCAGGGAGAACCGACUAGCCGCUCGAAGGGCAGAGCAGGCGGCAGCUGGCUCCGGUAACUAUAAGAAGAUGUAUGAGGAGGCCUUGCUGACCAAUGAGAGGCUGAAGACUCGCCUGGAGGGAAGUAAACAGGAACUAGUCAUGAUGCAGACCCAGCUGGAACGAGCCAAUCAGAGGAAAGGGAGAGGAGUGGAAUCCUGUAGGUCAAACAUCCAACUUGAGACAGAAAAGAAGGAAAGGCGUGCUUUGGAGAGAAAGAUUUCCGACAUGGAGGAAGAGAUAAAGGUACAGACAGACCUAAAGAUGGAGAAUCAGAGACUGAAAGACGAGAACGGAGCGUUGAUCAGAGUCAUCAGCAAAUUGUCCAAGUGAGAGGAGGAGGAGGAGAAAGUAAAUUAAGCAAAAGUGGAAUUACAAAUCCAAGAGGAGGAGGAAAAGGAGGGGUGUUUCACCUUAUCUACCACCACAGUACAACACCACCACACUCACUGCAGCCUCUAGUAGCAGGUUCACUCACAUCCCUCUCCACCCUCCUGGUCUCUCCACCCUCUGGUCUCUCCACCCUCCUGGGCUCUCCACCCUGUGGGCUCUCCACCCUCCUGGUCUCUCCACCCUCUGGUCUCUCCACCCUCCUGGGCUCUCCACCCUGUGGUCUCUCCACCCUCCUGGGCUCUCCACUCUCCUGGUCUCUCCACCCUCUGGGCUCUCCACUCUCCUGGUCUCUCCACCCUCCUGGUCUCUCCACCCUCUGGUCUCUCCUUCCUCUGGGCUGCCCUUCCUCUGGGCUGCCCUCCCUCUGGUCUCUCCACCCUCUGGGCUGCCCUCCCUCUGGGCUGUCCUCCCUCUGGGCUGCCCUUCCUCUGGGCUGUCCUCCCUCUGGGCUGUCCUCCCUCUGGGCUGCCCUCCCUCUGGGCUGUCCUCCCUCUGGGCUGCCCUUCCUCUGGGCUGCCCUCCCUCUGGGCUGUCCUCCCUCUGGGCUGCCCUCCCUCUGGGCUGUCCUCCCUCUGGGCUGCCCUCCCUCUGGGCUGCCCUCCCUCUGGUCUCUCCUCCCUCUGGGCUGCCCUCCCUCUGGGCUGCCCUCCCUCUGGGCUGCCCUUCCUCUGGGCUGCCCUCCCUCUGGGCUGCCCUCCCUCUGGGCUGCCCUUCCUCUGGGCUGCCCUCCCUCUGGUCUCUCCUCCCUCUGGGCUGCCCUCCCUCUGGGCUGCCCUCCCUCUGGGCUGCCCUUCCUCUGGGCUGUCCUCCCUCUGGGCUGUCCUCCCUCUGGGCUGUCCACUGGGUCAGUACACGUCAUGCUCUGGAACCUGAUGAGUGUCUUGUUCCUACACAGUUCUGUUAGUGAAACUCUCACUGAAAAGGGUCACUUUUCAAAACGUAACACUGAGAAUGAGGUGGACCUUCGGUGUAACCUUUUUUCUUAUUCACCCUUUUCACUCCUCACAAUACUUGCUUACUUAUGAACUUCAACUUGACGAAACAAAGAUUUUGCUGGUUCUACAGUGCACAGAAAAUAGCUCUCGCAUGUUACUAGCAUGUUUUUUUGUAAUUAUGAAGUGAUAUGCAUGAAAACAUCAGAGCAUUCAAGGAUUUCAAUUUCUGAGAAGCUUAAAUGUAUACGUUGUGGUUAAUCAAGUCACUGGAAUUUAUACUGAAUUAUAAAUAUAUUUAUUUUG